AUGGGUGAAAAUUAUUUGGAGUUCCACUACGCCAACGAAUGUGACCUCGAAAUCCACUGCUCCCCUUUCGGACUUAGUGGUGUCUACAUUAAGGUGAAAGGUACUGACAUCAUGGGGAUUGGUUCGACCAUGGGUCUCAUUACGGGCACUUCAAGGGGCAAAAUUCACUACAACGAUAGUGCAGACAUGUUUAAUCAGAAGUACAAGUUGUACGUUGUGGUGGAUUCCGAUGGCAUGCUACGCAUUGACUUCACAAAGAUUGUGACCAUCCCUAGAACUAAUGACGAUGCCGAUAAUCUGCUGCUAGAACAGGGACCUCAUGACAAACUACCUUCUUUGAUAUUCACAGGUACGUGUCCCGAAGGACAUCUUGAUAAUAUUGAGCCUUUCAUUGGAAUAUUCUCAUUUGAGCGGGAGAAAAGAGCGUAG